ACAAAGGAAGUAGAAUCGUCUGGCAGACGCAACCUGAAUAGACGAAUUUAUACUUUCGGCAAGUCCGUGCAACCCCAAGAGUCGGACGAUGAAGACCUCUUGGGGCCGGCGCCAGAGGUGCCUCCGAGGAGUAAAAAGGCCUUAAAAGAGCCGUCGAUCGUGAUGAUCAUCCAGAAUAGGGAUAAUAUGGAGCCCACUUGCGCCGAAUCUCCAGCCGAUACUAUCCUCUCCUCUCUCGACGAAUCCCACAAGGACAGACAAGCACCGCCCCUUCCUCCAAGGAGUGAUCGGUAUCCGGGCAAUCGCUCAAAGCCGACUAGCAAAUUGUCGGUUGGCAAGUUGAACUCAAGCGACCACUCGCGGUCCAACUCAUUACCUGUUCAAGAGACGGCGCUGCAUGACAGUCUUACUGACAAAAAAACCGGUUCUACGGGUCUUAGUUUUGAACCAAGAUCAGGAUCCGCGAAGUCACACUCAGAAUACAGCUCUGCAACUAAUGACAACGCAAACCUGCUAGUUGACUCAUCGAGCCCAAAACGAACCCAUCCUGUCUCCCAGUUCCCGGUGACCACUGGCCAAGGUGAUCCGGACUCUUUGGAGAGCCUCAAACAGCAGCCCAGACUGAUCUGGCCCAACUCAGAGCAAAAUUGCUCUUUGGUGGCCAAGGCAACGGAUUCGAGCCAGACGGCGGGCCCUUCAGAAAAUAUCAAAAUGUCUACGAGCGCAGGUCGUGAAUCUGGCCGAUCAGUAUCCACAAUCUCUGCCGAGAGCAUCCUCCUCCGAAGUGGGGACAACGUCAGGGCGACAAAGAACGAGAUGCGGCUGAGCCGACAGAUUGACCGUUCCUACCUCGAGCGUCCACGUGGCAGUUCGCGUGAGCUGCCCUCGCUCCAGAAGCGGAAGACUUCGGUUCCCGGUAGAAUGACACAGUCAGUCUUUGCUCUUCAGUCGGCCUCGACGAGUAUCAGCUCUAAAGAGCAGUCCACGUCUUUGCAUACCACGUCAGCAAAGCCGACCUAUGCUCUGAGAAAGCAGAUGGAUCCGGUUUUCUCCAGUCCCCAGCAAUUGGGAAACCUGCCACGACAAGCCAGUUUCCCAGAGAUCACGGAAAAAUCCAACGAACAGCCACUUGGACUGGUAGAGAACAGAAGCGCUCUACAAGCAGUUCCCUUUUGUGCAGUGCUUUCGCAGACUACGACUUUAGGUGAGAUGGUGGACUCAUUGCAGGGGCUUGGACGACCGUUGCGUGCCAAGAAACAGCUUAUUCCUUACUUGAAAUUCUCCCAUCCUCUAACUUUGAAGACUUUGGAGGCGCGGGAAGCUGAUCAAGCGUCUAGUCAGCUUGAUGAAUCCCUCCUUCAGGUUGCCAAAUUGAAGCAGCAGACUCAUCAAUCCAUUCUGCCGUCAGUCAUUAACUUAGGCGAAAGCUCUUCAAAGUAUGAUCCCUCUCGUAGCGAAAUGGAUUUGGUUGGUCAUCCAAAAAGUGAUCUUCCCUUCGUGGCAAGAACAAAUAGCCCAUUGAUGACUUCCGAGGAGCAAAAGUGUGUCGAUAAGAAAUUGCAGACAAAGUCAGAAUGCUCUGAACAAGCAAUUAAAGUACGCAAAGUGAGGACAAAUCAGAAAAAAUUUUCUUUAUCGCAACCUACUGACAAUGACAUACCAAAUAAAGCACUAGAAGGUCCAAUUGUUGAAGGACAAUCUCAAACGACAGAAGAUGGAACAUUCCCAUAUUUGCCCCGUAGGGCAGACAUAGGCCAACCUUCUGGAGAAAAGAAUGAGCCGAGAAUUGCCCGAAGAAGUAUGGACCCAUCUGAAAUGUAUUCUGACAAAUUGCGCAAACCAGUAACUACUCGCGAGCAACUACACAAAGGAGUGGGAGUGGCAAAUUGUGGUGUUGUAUCGAAUUCCAUCAUACCGAAUCGGAUUCAAAAGAGCUCUUCAUUCAACCCAACUCAAGGUGACAAU